UGAGCGCUGCGUCCCGCGCAGCAGGCAGACUUAUAUAUCCCUGUGCUCAGCUUGCUCAGCUUUGUACUAAGCGACGGCCCUCUGGCUAUCCAAUACCCAACCGGUGCAAGAGUCACGGGCUUGUGGUUUCCCGUCAACGAGGCUCUCUCCCCAUAAUUCGCGACGCUCUACUGACAAGGGCAGAGUAAAGAACGACCAGCGGGUUUGGGUGUAUAUAUUUGUUGUGUGCUCGACCGCUCGACCUACGCUCGACGAAAGCAGCAUCAACAAGAAACAUGCACCUGUUCUCGAGGCUGGUAUGCUGCGGCCCUGGAGCAGAGAGCAACGUGCACUACAGCGACGAGGAAAGCAGCGGCGACGAGUUUACCGGCAGCGGGGCCGCCUCCGCCACGGUGAUCCGCUGGCCCCACGACACACCGCGGCGUUUGGAGGACGCCGGGUCCGUGAGGGUCCUGCCGUCGGAUGUCAAGGCACCCACGGAGAGAUCACGGCAUCCUGGCCAUCGGAAAAGCGAGAGCGUUGCGAGUUUCUCCCCUCAUCAGCAGCAGAGGUCGGGGGGGGGUGGUGCGAAGGGGGGGGAGGAGGGCGCGCGCUGGCCUGGCAAGCAGUCGUCAUUGAGAUCACUCGAUUCGCCCAAGCGUCGUGACCAAAAAGACUACAAAGUGGGCGACUUGAUCGACGAGUCCACCGACAAGAGCGUGCUCGACCUAGCGGGCCGGGAGACGAGGCGCUUGCCCGACGUUGCCGGCGAGGAGAAGGUGGCGUGGGCGGCGGAGGUGCUGCGGAUCGACCUCACUGAGACGGGCAUCAGAACGUUGAGAGGGCUCGACGCGUUUCCGCACGUUCAGACCCUUGUGCUUGACAGCAACGGGCUGCUCUCCCUGCCGAUGGACUGCCCCUGGUGCCCGGCGGUGGAGGCGCUGUGGCUGUGCAACAACGAGGUCGAGAACUUAGACGGACUCCUGGGCCAGGUCAACGACGUCUUCCCGCGGCUAAAAUCUCUUGCGCUCAUGGGGAACCCGGUGUGGCCGGCGGCGGCGAAGUUGACGUCCUCUAUGGCGGCAGGCGCGGCGUCGACGGCAGCCGAAGNGGGGCGGGGGUGGGCGAGGAAGGAAGGUGGACCCCGAAAGGACGGGAGAGGGGGGCAAGGAGGAGGAGGAGGAGCGUUACCGGCUUCAUGUCGUGCGACGGCUGCCGGGGCUGGUGACGCUGGACUGCGCGGACGUUACGGAGGAGGAGCGGAAUCGGGCUAA